CCUUUUAAUAUUGACGUUUCGGUCGAACGCUGUCAAACGAAAAGUAUCCUUUAAAAUAAAUCAAGAUUAACUCGUUGUUUGCGCGAAGUAUGUUCAAUAUGCGGAUUAAGAUCAAUCCGCCGAGGAACAACGAAUUGCGUUGUUUCUUUUGCCUUCACGUUCGCACCGCUACCAUUUUAUUGGGAAUAUGGCACUUGAUGUUGCACAUACUUGCAUUGAGCAUCCUCGCUCUUUGUAUGCGGAAUCAACAUAUGUUGGCUCAAAGGCCUAUAAGCAACGAUAUCGAGGUUGGAAAUCUUCUCCCGACACCUUUGAGUAAAACCAAGGAUGAUAAUUUACCUUAUUAUUUACCUACAACUCAAGAUGGGAGACAUAUUUUUCAAUCCGAUAUAGAUAUGGGGGCUUUAAUGACGGUGUGCACUCUUGCGAUUACUUUAUUGAUGGUUUAUGGCACAGUAAAAGGAAAAGCAACGCAUAUUUUGCCAUUUUUUUGUUUAUUGCUUUUCGAUUUUGCAAUCGCGACGUUAACUGCAACUGGAUAUUUUUGUUACAUCCGAUCAGUACACAGUUUCGUUAACGAACACUGGCAUAAUUUACCCUACAAAAACGCAUUAUUAGAUAUCAGCCCUCAAUAUUUGUCCUUAAUCGUUUUAUUUGUUUUCGUUUCGACGAUUUUAUGGAAGGGUUAUUGUAUAAGCGUCGUUUGGAGAUGCUACAAAUACUUAACGUUAAGACAACAAGCCUCUCGGAGUACCGUCCAUUAUAUUUUACGAGGCGAUGAUGGAGAGCGUAUCCCAGACCCCGAGUAUCUUUUACCGGAUUAUGAAGCUGCUUGUGCCAGUUUUAAGCAACCUCCACCGCCGUCGUAUCAAGCCGCAAUGGAACAACCGCCACCCCCAGCUUACCCCGAUACAAUUAAUCCCAGAAUUCAUUUCAUUGUUGCCGAAACUGGAGUUGAAAAUGAACCCUCAACUCCGAUAGCGACGGUAGCAAUUCUUCCUGAAGAAGAUGUCCCAACCGGGCGGGUUUACCCGGAUACUUCUUCUUUGGAGGAGGUACCCAAAAAGGAGGAAGAUGAAAAUAAAGAGGAAGGUGGGGAGAAGAAGAAGGAGGAGCCACCAAAAGAACCCCAAGAAUAAAAAAAAAUUUUUUGGUGAUAUUAUUCAGUCUAUAAUAGUAAUAUAGAGAUAUUUUUUCGAUAGAUCUUUUUAGGAAUUAAUGAUAAAAGUUGUUUUUUUUAUUACAGUACUUAUUUAUUUCGACCGUAUUUCUUUCAAUUUGAUUCUAGGGAAAAUUGUUAGAGAAUGAAAGCUUUAGAGAACAUAAAAUAAACGUCGUCGUUGCGUCAUCGGGCCUAAAUUAUUGAUAAUUUAUUACUACUGUUUUAUUGAAUUUACAAAAAAAGCUUUUUUUCAGGUUAAAAAAAAUUAUAUUUCUUUUUCUCGUCUUGUCUCGGUGUCUAUAAAGCAGUAGUUACUGUAGAAUCGGUUUGGAACUAAUUCAAAAUAAAAAUAAAACUUGUCCAUCUCUAA